CAUAUGCCAGAAGUUCGAUUGCCCAGGCGUGCAUGGCACCUUGAGGUCCAACUCCUGGCUGCAACACCGGAAGAAAGCAUCCAACCCGCCGCGAUCAUCACGAUUCACGGACAGACCGGAGCGCAGGGUCGCCCACACCGGCUUCCAAUCUUUUUGCCAUCUAACAAUUGCCUGGCGCACCAUACUAUGAUCCCUUCUAGUGUAUAACUGUAAUUCGAUUCCCCCACAAUGUUGUUCUCGACCCCCAAUUCGCGGUCGCGCCGUCAAUGGCUUGUCUCACUCGCCGCCAUCGCCACCUCUCUAGUAACCAAUAUCCUCGCAGCCGAGAUAGCUCCUCAUGAGUUGCCGUCCUACCACUAUGGCGCUCCCAUUCGCGUUGAAUGCAUGAACCGCAGCUCAGAAACCGGCGAACACAUUGAAACCCCCGCCCACGAAAUCCAAUGGAUCCCCUUCCCCAUGUGCGAAGAAACCAAAGCCCCCCUCGAAUUCAACUACGGCAUCGAGACCGAGCAGAACUGCACCAUCCCCAUGAUUGACGACCCCUUCUUCCACCUGCUCGAAUUCUACAUCCACUCCGACGCUCCCCUAGCCUGCCGCCUGCCAGCGCAUCCUCCUCCACAAGUCGAGAUCGUAGGCGAGAAGCCACAUGUCACCGAAUACAUCCCCCUCGUGUUUGCGCUCGCCGGGACGCUGCAAUUGUCCCAUAUGCACAUCUCGACGCACAUGAACGUGCUAUUGCAUUCCACGCCGAAACAUCAUUUGCACAAGAAGGAUUCAGGGGUGUUGGAUAGCGCUACGGCGUACUCUACGUCUCCCCUGACGCACAUGGAGGGAAGUUCUACGAGGAGACUGGUGAUUGGGGAUCCCCUACCGCUGCAGUUCUCGGUCAGAUGGUUCCCGACGCCUGAGCUGCCGAGAGUGGAAGGAAAGGUGGAGUGGCAGGGCAUGGGAGGACAUAUCUACGCUAGCACCGUGUUCUACGCGCUGGUGUCGUUUGGAGCGGGCGUGUGUGUGAGCAGUGUUUGGUUCUUUGGAAGCGUAUUGCCGCAGAGACUGAAGGGGAGGAGCUUGGGAGGCGCGACGCCUUUGGGGUAUGGGAUGGGCGUGGACCUGACAACGUUUGGUUAUCGAUCAACAAACAACAUGGCUGUCUACAACGAAUCCCGCCUGAACUACGUCUGGCUGGCGUGGUUCGCGCUGUCGAUCCCCAUCAUUCUUUUCAUCGACGCCCUCCACUUCUACCCUUCCUCGUGGUACUCCUCCCCCUCCGCCCCGCUGCACAUCUUCCACCUCGUCCGCCAAGACUACAUCGCCCAAUACAACGACCCCAUAGUACAAUGGUCUCCUGCCACCUCCGUCCCCGGCUCCCACGACUCCUGGAUCGGCUUGUUUUUGUAUCUCGAAUUCGGCUUCACUUUACCCGUGGGGCUCUACGGAUUCUUCAAGCUCGCUGUGAAAAGAAAGGGCACCACGGGACGGGAUGAGCUGCUAUUCUUGGUGUACGCCCUGGAGACGGCCUUGACUACGUUGGUGUGUAUCUAUGAUGUGGGGUAUUGGGAUCCGGCGGUUUAUAGUGAGGAGGUGAGGAGGACGAUGAUCUUGCAGUUCUUUGGGCCGUGGUUUUUGGUUCCCAGCAUUAUGGCUGUUGACAUGGCCAGGAGGAUCCUGGGGAGGAUCAAGGUUGCUGAUGAGGCUAUGGAGGAGACGGAGAGGAGGAAGGUGCAGUAAACGGUUGGGCAUGGAGCCACGGACACAACUAGCAAGUAAUGCAGGUUGGUGCGAAACGCAGUCGCAUAUAUAAGGGAUUGUGAGAAACGACGCCGUGGUUCGACUUCAUGCGGUUCUUGUUUCAAGUGAACCGAGGCACCAUGCUAUCCAGACAUGGAUGAGGUGCCUGUUAUAUGUCAAU